AGUAUUCCAGGUCAACAAGCCCCAACCAACAACGCUACCUACCUACAUACAUACAUACCUAGUACUAAGCGAGGAUCCUUACCCCAUCAGUCCAUCAGCCCAUUUGCUAUUGAGGUUCCUCUACCCCGCUACAGCCGCAAGAGUGACGCACUUGAGCGGUGAAUCUUUCACCAUUCCAAUUGAUCGCCUCCUCUUUUUACCCCUCAGGCAAUUAUUUGAGUGCGAAAAGGGUCAGAAUAAGCCUUUAAUUUCGAGGAGAUGGCAUACAGAAGUAGUCGGAGCGACCUGGGCGAGAGGGAUUACCCUCCUGGUCCCCCACGGAGGGGCCCGCCUCGGGAAAUGGAUGACUUUGAUGUCUAUGAGCGACGAGAGCAAAGCCGCCCACCACCACGCAGAGCACCCGUCAGGGAGUAUGAAGAUGUAGACAUUCAAAUCCGUCAACAAGAACGAGAGCGAAAUGAUCGCACUCCCGCCUUUCUCAGAGAGGAUAAUAGGAGGCCUCCAGAGGCCGGAGCUAUGGUUCUGCGCCAACGUGAAGUUGAGACUGUCGACCGUCGACGUCGAAGCCCCAGUCCUAUUCGGUAUAGGGAGCGCGUUGUCGAACGUGAACGUGAGCGGGAACCUUCGAUGCCCCCGGAGAGGCGGCCGAGGUUCAUUGAAAGAUCACCUUCUCCACCCCCAACAGCCGUGAGAGUCGAAUCUCGCACAAUUGAGAGACGACGAGAACGAUCGCCUACCCCAGAUCGAGAGCGAGAUUUCAUUCAUCUGCGUAUUGAACGCGAGAAGGAGAAGGAGAAGGCUCCCUCCCCAAGCCCAUCACCUCCGCCACCUCCGGCGGUCAUCCGAGGACCUACCAUUGAGCGUGAAGUCAUCACACACUAUCGUGAUAUUGACCACGGUCUCGUGCGCUUAAAGCCACCAACCCCACCGCCGCCACCGCGUACCGCACCCCCUCAGGUCAGAGAGCGGGAUUUAGAUAUCGAUAUCGAUAUUCGCCGCAACGAGACUGAUAUUGAUGUUCGCGAACGAACACGGUCUCGGUCUCGGCCCCGUGAGCGUCCUCGUCCUCGUCCACAAUCGUACUACGAGGAGGAUGAUUUGAUUAUCGAGCGCGACCGCGACAUAGUCCGCGUUGACGGCCGACGCAGAGCGCAGUCCGCUGCACCCCCAAGAGCCGAUUAUGAGGACGAAGCUGAGUACAUCACGAGCAAGAUCGACUCACGUGGCCGCAUGGGCGAGGCUUACCAUGGUGCCACCCGCGACUGGACCAUCGUUGACGUACCACCUGGUACCGAGCGCGUGAAGAUGGACGGCGUGGGAGGUGGUAGCGCUGAAGUUAACUGGUCCCGAUACAGCGGCGUCCGACGUUCCAAGUUUGUACCCGAGCGUGAGGAGACGCCCGUCAGCGUCGUCAGCGAACCCAUCCGAGGAAGAGAGCCCUCUAGAGAUCGCGAACGUCUCAGCAUACAGGUGUAUGACUCGCGAGACAAGUCGCGCGACCGCGAAGUUGAAGUCGACGAGAUCCAAGAUCGCCGCAUCACAAUCCGCAAUGACGACAGGGCGCCCCCGCGAAAGCGCAACGAGAUGUGGACCGAGAUCACUAAGGAUCUCGUAAGCCGCGAGGCCAUUGAUCGCCUUGGUUACGAGUACGAGGAGACGGAAUGGUUCUUCUACGUGAUGCAGUACCUGCGUUAUGAGGACGUCCUCGAACUCGUCAAUCUAUCAGACAACAUCCGCCAGGCGCGCAGACGCAGAGCGCACGAAAUCGAAAUAGAGCGCGACUGGGACCGUCGGCACCGUCAUCGCAGAUCCCUCAACCUCAACUGGGAUAAACUUGACGACGAACGUAUUGUCGAGCGUGAGGUCGUGUAUGAUCGCCCACACCGCGGAUAUGUUCGUUAAAUGCACCUACUACGUAUGCUCUAAAGGAUUCAAUGGAUGUCGGCGUUUUUCUUGCGAAAUUACUUUUACCAACCUACCUACUUAGAUUGCUUGUGGGGAUGAGAUCGUAGGAGAUCGCUACGAUGUCUGUGAGGAAAAGGGGAAGGGAGGGGAUAGAGAGCAUUGGAA